CACGCCCAUGGAAUCGGGGUCCGAUGUCAUCGUGUUAAUCAUCUAGCACAAGUCAUGAUAAGUGACACUUGCAGAUGCAGCUCCAUUGCUGUGGGAACAAUGACAUUAUGUGGACAUGGCAGUGUUCCGUGGGGCCAAUUAUUGCCAGGUAUGACGUCAUGUCAGUACCUACGUCUGGACUGCUUACAGAAGCCUGGAGCUUUCUCAUCCCUUCGACGCGACCGAAGCACCAAAGCCUCUACACUAGUUGAACCGCCUCUAAUAAUCCCAUAAGGAUUAUAUGAAAAUUCGUCACCGCACCAGUAUUCGCCUCCACGGGAACAUUCCGAGCCAGCUCGUACCUGCAACAUGACAGCAGCAGAUCGAAAGUCACUCUUAGAUCGCGUAUUCGCCGCGAAAACAACGGAAGAAUCACGAGGACUAUACGAUGAAUGGGCAAAGACUUACGACUCAGACAUGACCCUCCACGACUUCACCGCCCCACGCCUAGUCGCUCAAGCCGUAGCCCGAGGCCUGAAGCUGAACCACAUCUCACCAGACAAGCCUCUGAACGGGCUAAAGAUUGCGGAUGCAGGAUGUGGUACCGGCCUUGUUGGUAUCGAGCUCUCUAAACUUGGCGCUACAGAUAUCCUGGGUCUCGACAUCAGCGAAGGGAUGCUAGCGGUCGCUAAGAACACCGCUGUGUACGAUGACCUGAAAACUACGGACUUGACGAAGCGAUUGGAGUUUGAAGAUGGGAAAUUCGAUGCACUGACAUGCUGUGGCACAUUCACGCAUGGCCAUUUGGGGCCGGGGCCGUUGGAAGAGUUUGUGAGAGUCGUUAAGGACGGCGGGGUUGUUGUUGCGACUGUUCUGGACAGCUUCUGGGUUGAGAAGGGCUUUGAGAGGGAGGUCCAGAGGCUGGAGAAGGUCGAAGUUGUAGAGCAAGAUCUACACCAAUAUCGGAAGGAUGCUGGAGGCGGACGUGUAUUAAUUCUACGGAAACUCUGAUUGUGAGCAAUCACACAAUGGUAAAUGUCAUGUUAAGGGAGGCGCUUUCAAGCUACAGAAGUGAGUUUCAAAACAAAGUAUAAGCAAACUGUGAGAAGACAA